AAUGGAAAGAUAAACAAAACAUGAAUGAAAACAUAGAAUACAAAUCAAAUUAAAAUAGAAUCGCCUCUAUGUUAAUGUCAGUUUGUAUGUUUUAAAUAAUAAUUAAAACAAAGAAAACCGCAAAUACAAUCUUAUAUCCGGAAUUUCCAUCUUCUAUGAUAGGAAAUACAUCCGAAUGAUUAAAGAAUCUAUCUUUAUUUUGGAUAUAUAAAUACUCAUCCAAAUUGAGUAAAUUCAGUAUAGUAUCGUGAAGAUUCAGUUUGACAAGACAAUGCGUGCUUUUAUGAUUUUAAGUGUUAUCGCAGUUGCAUCUGCACAACGAUUGGGAUACAACUACCAACAAGGAGUAUCUGGAUCCAAUCCCCAAGCUUUUGGUCAGGGACAAAGCUUCAUCUCAGGCAACGCUGGAUAUGGAGGUGAUUUCGGAGGACAAGCUCAAGGAUCUGGUCUCAGCUACGGUCUAAGUGGUGGAUCAAUUGGAUCUGGAUUUGGGGGUAUCUCAUUUGGUUCAGGAAUUGGCAGUGGAUCAAUAGGAUCAGGUAUUGGUGGUGGAUUCGGAUCAGGAAGCAGCUAUGGAUCAUCUGGAUCGGUUGGAGGUGGAGUCAGUUAUCAACCUGGAACAAACCGUGUCAUCGAUGGUGGACUUAGCAAGGAAUAUUUCCUUUAUUCUGCUCCAGCCGAACAAGCUCAAGAAGGACAUUUCACAAAGAAUGUCGAAACAAUAAUUAAGAAGAAUCUCCGCGUCAUCUUCAUCAAGGCACCAGAAAACAACGCUGUCCACAAUGCUGCCCUCAAAAUCGCCAAACAAGCCACUGAAGACAGAACUGCUAUCUAUGUCUUGAGCAAGGAACCCGAUGUAUCAGAAAUUGCCACCCAAGUACAAGAAAUCAGCGAAAAUGUCCGUGCUAAGCCUGAGGUCCGUUUCAUCAAGUACAGGACAAAUGAGGAUGCUCUUAAUGCUCAACGUACUAUUCAGCAGCAAUAUGAAGCUUUGGGUGGAACUUCUCAGAGUUCCAAUGAAGGUGUUGCUCCAGUUUUGAACUUUGCUUCCCCCGCUAAGAAUGAUGGACAAGGUCGUGCAAAUUUGAUUGCAGCUGGUUCUUCGAUCAGCUCAUCCAAUUUCGGCAGCUUAGGAUCGUCUUCGAAUAACAUUGGUGUUGGUGUCAAAUCAAACGAAUACCUGCCCCCAGCUGUUAAGAAAUAA